GAUGCUGAGCUCAGUGUGCGUCUCCUCUUUCCGCGGGCGCAAGUCUGGGAACAAGCCGCCGUCCAAGUCAUGUUUGAAAGGGGAGAUGGGCCGGAACGAGGACAACGACAAGAUAGUCAUCAACGUUGGGGGGAUCAGGCAUGAGACCUACCGCAGCACCCUCAAGACCCUGCCGGGCACGCGGCUCUCGUGGCUCACCGAGCCCGACGCCUGCAGCAACUUCGACUACGACCCCAAAGCCGACGAGUUCUUCUUCGACCGCCACCCGCAGGUCUUCGCCUACGUCCUCAACUACUACCGCACCGGCAAGCUCCACUGCCCGGCCGACGUGUGCGGACCCCUCUUCGAGGAGGAGCUGGCCUUCUGGGGCAUCGACGAGACCGACGUGGAGGCCUGCUGCUGGAUGAACUACCGGCAGCACCGCGACGCCGAGGAGGCCCUCGACAGCUUCGAGACCCCCGAGAGCCAGGACGAUGAGGACAGCGGCGACCUCAAGCGCCUCUGCCUGCAGGAGGACGGCCGCAAGCUGGGCUGGUGGGCCGGCUGGCAGCCCAAGGUCUGGGCCCUCUUCGAAGACCCCUACUCCUCCAAGAUGGCCAGGUAUGUGGCCUUUGCCUCCCUCUUCUUCAUCCUCAUCUCCAUCACCACCUUCUGCCUGGAGACCCAUGAGACCUUCAACCGCAUCAUCAACAAGACAGAGAUCAUCCAGUCAGAGAAUGGGACCAGCAUGAAGGUGGACUUAGAGAUGGAGACGGCACCUUUCCUCACCUAUGUGGAAGGAAUGUGUGUCAUUUGGUUCACCUUUGAGUUCCUCAUGCGUGUCAUCUUUUGCCCGGAUAAGAUGGAGUUCAUAAAGAGCACCCUCAACAUUAUCGAUUUUGUGGCCAUCCUACCUUUCUAUCUGGAGGUAGGCCUCAGCGGCCUCUCAUCCAAAGCUGCCAAGGACGUGCUGGGCUUCCUGAGGGUGGUCAGGUUUGUUCGGAUCCUGAGGAUCUUCAAGCUGACAAGGCAUUUUGUAGGACUGAGAGUCCUCGGCCACACGUUGAGGGCCAGCACCAAUGAGUUCUUGCUCCUCAUCAUCUUCUUGGCCCUGGGGGUCUUGAUCUUUGCCACCAUGAUCUACUACGCUGAAAGGAUUGGGGCCGACCCGGCUGACAUCACAGGCAGCAAGCAUACCGUCUUCAAAAACAUCCCCAUUGGGUUCUGGUGGGCAGUGGUGACUAUGACGACUUUGGGCUAUGGUGACAUGUACCCGGAGACUUGGUCAGGCAUGUUGGUGGGUGCCCUGUGCGCCUUGGCUGGCGUAUUGACCAUUGCCAUGCCUGUGCCAGUCAUUGUCAACAACUUUGGCAUGUAUUAUUCGCUGGCCAUGGCCAAGCAGAAACUACCAAAGAAAAAAAACAAGCACAUCCCACGAGCCCCCCAGCCUGGGUCGCCCAACUACUGCAAACCAGGCAUGCAGUCUCCGCACCGCAGCAACCAGGGUGACUCAUGCCCCCUUGCUCAAGAGGAGAUCAUCGAGAUCAACAGGGCAGAUUCUAAGCAGAAUGGUGAUGCAGCAAAUGCAGCAUUAGCCAAUGAAGACUGCCCCACCAUUGACCAGGCCCUGUCACCUGAGGAGAAGUCACCUGUGACACCUGGAGGUCGGGAGCGCUACAACCGUGACCGAGCCUGCUUCCUCCUCUCCACGGGUGACUUUGGGCAGUCGCCUGAUGGGAACAUCCGAAAAGCGCUCCCUGCAGGCUAUGAGAAGUCCCACAGCCUGAACAGCAUUGCUGGACUGCGCCUGUCUCCGGCGCCCACUCCCUUCGGCUCGCCCGGUUCCGUCCGACGUCCCUGCUCGCCCAUCCCUUCCAUCCUCUAGAGACACACCAGGGAUGCUUGGAGUUAGCUUGUAUGUUUGUUUCUUUUUUUAAAAAAAGCAAAGAAGAAGAAAAAGAAAAAAAUAAGGUAAUGCCAAAAACAAAAGCAAAGAGAAAAAAAAAGAAAACAAAAGCAGCCAAAUGCAUUGGAACAAAGACACAGCAGGAGGCAUCUCACAGGUGAUGUUGCACUAAAGUUUGCACUUUCUGGAGUGUCCAUGAGAAUCCUGAGGCCUGAAGCUGCCUGUCCCUGUGGCUGUGGGUCAGGAGUGGGGCUCAAGAGCUUAUUGGGGGCAGGGAGGGCUGAUUUGCUCUGAAAAUCCAAAUACUCCGGAAAAAGGAGGAAGAGGUGGAGGUCAGUGGGAGAGGGACUCUGCAGGAAGAGGCCUAAAGCUCUCCUUCUGUGUCGCCUGCACUUCUCCCUCUUCAGCUUCACCGGACUGCACGAUAUUUCUCUGGCCCUGGCUUUGCGCUUUUCUCUCUUUGUUCAGUGCUCCCUCCCUUUUCAUCAUCUUACUCAGGACUGUAAUGAGCCAUAGAGCUUAGUGAUU